AUGCUGUUUCUGAUCAGCGAAGACGACAAGGACCACCAGAUUUCCGCCUUUCCAUUCGACUGCCACCAUUCUUCGACGUUGUGUCCAUUGCUACCACCUCCCAGAGCUUUCUCAGUCGCCUCCUUACCGGUUGAAGCCGGAGUAGCCCACCGCUGUUGGAGUCGGAAAACCACCGCCAUGUCUCUCGUGGUCGCUGAAGAUGAAGACGGACGUAGGAGGUCAUCGUUCAGACGGAAAUGGAGGGAAACUAAUCGACAACGCCACUGCCACCGCUAUCUCCGGCCGAUGGCGCCGCCGCAACCGUCCAGGGGACUGUUUCAUCGCUUCCUCUCCGAUUGCCAUGCACCAGCGCGAGGGUGGUUGUGUUUGGAUGCAUUUCCGGUGUGA